GUAGGUCUUCCCAUGUGACAUCUGUCAUGACAUUGCUGUCAACGGUGAUCAUCCAAUGGAAUGGGCUACUCGAAUGGUCUGCGGUUUCUGUUCUCGUGAAAUGUCGUUCUCCAAAAAAGCUAACUGCGUCUGUGGCAACUCUGUAACAGUCGCUCACUCCCACCACUGGAAUGGAGGUAAAGGAAUGCGAGACAAGAAGCACAUGUCCUCCAAGGACGCAGCGAAGUACCGCAACAGCAAAAACAAAACACAGAGCAAGAAGAACGAACGUGUUGGAAAGCAGCCCGACAAAUAAACGUGAAGUGUUUAGGGAUGGACAACGUCAGGAUCCACAGCCUUGUUUAUACUAGUAACAAUAAACAGAAGUG